AUGGCCUCUACUGGAGUUGCCGCUCACAACGUAGAUGGAAAAACACUACACUCUUUACUCAAAAUCCACUUCAACGAUAAUCACUAUGAAACCCUAAUUCACUCUAAUACCGAUAAUGAAUCAAACUUAAAAAAAAUAAAUUAUAUAAUAAUAGAAGAAAUCUCAAUGUUAAAUGGAGAUCUUUUUACUUUUACUAGCAAUAUUUUCUCCACUCUUCACAAUAACAAUCUCAUCUUUGGUGGAAUUCUAACCCUACUAGUAGGCAACUUAGCCCAACUACCAUCUAUCAAACCAAAAUACAUAUUUCAAUCUCUUGUCUGGCUACCUUUUUUUCUUCUCUUUUUAACUCUACCACAAAGACAAUAUGAUGACCAUGACUUUUAUAACAUCCUACAAGAAAUUCAUAUAGGACGCUUAUCCAAUAGAUCUCUCACUAUUCUACAAUCAAAAAUUAAUUUAACUAACGAUCUUACUCAAUUUUACAAUACAACACAUAUCGUAGAUAUCCGCUAUGAAGCUCAAGAUAUAAACUGUCUACUCUGCACUUAUCUUCCUUUAGACCACACUACCUCUAAACCUCUUAUCUCAUUAUCAAAAGACACCUUUGACUUCGAAAUCUUAAACCACAACCACUUCUUUCUCUAA